ACCUCAACAUCGUGUUCUUCCCAUCUUGCCAACUUUUCUCAUACACAAUAAUCGAGACGCACAUAGAGAGAAGCCAUUUCGCCGUCAUGAGGUUGCCCCCGAUCUGUAGCUUGGGUCUCGGAGUGCCUGCCGUCUUGGCAACCCAGAAGGUGCUCGGCGUUGGCGGCAAAGGCAACCCUCUUGACGAUGACUUCAACAAGUUUGCGAUUGAUGCAUUGGGCGAAUUUCAUGUUACGGGCAUAGCAAUCGCCGUUGUUGAUGGGAUGGAGAGCUGGGCUGCAGGCUACGGCAAUGCAACCCUGCCCAGCAGUCAAAACGGCGAUCCCAUUCCCGUCACACCAUCCACCCUCUUCUACUGCGGCAGCACCACCAAAGCCUUUACUGCCGCCACCCUCUCCCUCAUGAUCGACUCGGGCAUUUACCCCUCUCUCUCCUGGCAAACUCCCAUCUCCACCCUCAUCCGCGACGACUUCGUCCUCAUGGACCCCUACACCUGGGAACAAAACCACCUCACCCUCGAAGACGCCCUGAGCCAUCGCACUGGUUUCCCGCGGCACGACAAAUCGCUCGGCACCUUCUACGGGCCCGACCACCACAAGGCCACUGUUCGGGACUUGACGCGCAGCUUGCGCUGGUUGCCAAUGGUGAGCGAGCCGCGGACGAAGUGGCGGUACUGCAACCUCAUGUUCAUGGUUGUUUCGCACGCGAUGCAGACGCUGACGGGGCAGUGGCUUGGAACCACGUUCCGGGAGCGGAUUUGGGCGCCGCUGGGGAUGAAUAGCACGUAUCUGUCGCUUGAGGAUGCGCUGGCGGGGCCGGAGCACUUGGCUGGGGGUUACUAUUGGGAUUACGACGCGGAGGUGUUCGAGACGGUGUCUUUCUCUGGCCUGGAUGAGGCGAGCGGAGCAGGGGGUGUGGUGAGUAAUGUGUUGGAUUACACCAAGUGGAUUCGAUGUUUGCUGAACGAGGCGACGCCGCUGUCUAAGGCGGGACAUGAGGCUAUUAAGACGCCGAGGAUGGCGAUGAGUGGGAAUGGGAAGGGGUAUGAUUCGCCUAUGUUGUAUGCGCUUGCCUGGCAGACGAGCACGUAUAAGGGCCACAGAGUCUAUACUCAUAGUGGAGGGAUGGAGGCCUAUGGUGCCGAGGUGUAUUUCUUGCCUGAUCUCGGGUAUGGGGUCGUGACAUUGGGCAAUACUGCCUUGACGAGCAACUAUGUCGGAAAUAUCCUUGUGUGGAAGCUGAUUAACGACAAGCUUGGGAUCCCGGAAUCUGAUAGAUUUGACUGGGCUGCGACAGCGAAGCAGCAGCUUGAGGAUAUAGUGUCGAGCAUCGACAACGCAGUCGAAAGGUUAUAUCCCGACCGCGCAGAUCCGCCAUUGCCCCAUUUGUUGGCGCUCGAAGCGUAUACAGGAACGUAUUUCCACCCGGCAUAUCAAAACCUCACCAUCAACCUGGCCAACGGGUCGGAGACUGAUAUACACCGCCAUAAUACCAAGCCGAGGCUCAGAGCUGUGCGGGAGGACGUCGUAUGGCAAAAUACAUUCGACUUCGAGCAUGUCUCAGGCGAGUUCUGGGUCGUCUUCAUCAAUAUGUUGAAAGUGCCGAAUGGUCUCAACGAGGAAGCUGCUAAGGCCGAGUUCAGGGUUGGAGCGACGGGCAGACCAGAGCAACUGAUGAUCGAGUUCAUGGAGGAGGGGAGUGAGGGGGUUAUCGAGUUUGAGAAAAUCAACUGAAACAACAAAAAGGUAGUAUGUCAAAUCUGCGGAUAGGCCGAGUAAAUCUGAAGCUGCAUAGUAGUGGCCAUUUCAACCUUUGCCUGUUCGCAUACCGACCCCUUGGCCUUUGGCAGUACAUCGGCUACUUGACCAAGUGUCACAUUCGAACUGAAUUUACUUGCAGUCCAUCCGUGACGAAAGCCGCGUAUACGCGUGAGGGACAUGGUCUUCGGUCGAUGCAACUUAUAUAUUAACGCCAUAGGGAAAUAAAUGUAUGGGCUAGAGUUAUCCUGAAAACGAAGUUAUACGGGGUAUUCAACGGACUGUCUGGACCAUAUAAUGCUGAGUGCUCGUGCCCCAUUUAACCUAUGUAGGCAAGAGCCCGGACGGGGAGGUUGGGCCAGAAAACGGUUCAAGCUGAGUCGGGUAAAUUUCUG